AUGUACGGGGUCUUUCAGGUACACGCGCGCCUGUAUUUCGAGACCAGACUUGGUCCUGUGCCACCAGCGCAGCCGGACUUGGACCAAGGACUCACGCCGGGAUCUAACACCAUCGUGCCGCUUAAUGCCUUCGUGUGGUUCGCAAUCAAGUCGUCGCUCCGCGCCCGGGUCUCCGUAUACCAUGACGAUCAAACGAGUUGGUCUCCCUGCUGGGCACUCGGCACCUUCAAGACGGGGGACAUUACCCAGCCUCUUGUGGAACGAGUCCUGGAGAGCUUCUUUGUGGCCAAGAGCCAGGCCCAGCAGGAGGCCUUGCUGCACCAGCUCCACAUCUCUACCGCCAACCAACGCAAGGGCAAUCGGGGCAUGAAGUUCUUGCGCGCCCUGCGUGGGGCCAUCGACUAUAAGCUCUUCUGCCCGGAUUGCGACGCUGCCCGGUCUGGGCAAUGGAAGCAGUGCCCGAUUUGCCGAUCCACGGCGGGGCCCUUGCCUGUGGACUUGGAUGGCACUUCAGGGCGACUGAACAUCUCCAAGACAUUGCCGGGGCACAGAGAAGAAGUGGUCUGGGCGACAGUGGAUUGGGGUGACUACACACGCCCUUAUUUCAAGGCUGCAACAAUUUCAAUGCAGCAGGACGUUUUGUUUUGGGACGUGCCCUGGUAUAAAUUAUUGAAGGAUGGCCAAAGUUUGAAAAAGACACAAGCGUUGGAAGACGUGCAGGAAGCGUUUUGGGAGCCCAAAUGUCUUCCCAAAGGCUUCGCGUAUCGAACCCGCAUAGCUGCAUACCGCAGUGACGCUCCAUAUAGAGAAGUCUGCGCAUUAACUGGUUCUCUACAUGGUAUGAUCCAUUCCUGGGAAAUGCAUGAGAACAAUAAGGAGACUUUAGUUGAAUCAAAAUGGAAAUUGGAAGGCCAUACAGAUCAAAUUUCUACACUUGCAGUUGAUUGGCAGAAUGGCUAUGCUUUGAGCGGAUCCUGCGAUGGAACUUUGCGGCUUUGGAAUCUUAAUUGCCAACUGUGUGAGAGAGUCCUCCGAUACACUGAUUCGAAGAAGAUAUUCUCGGGCUUUGUCAAAACUAUGGUUGUUGACUGGGUUUCCCAGCGAGCAAUCAGCACUGCGGGUGACGUCAGAGUAUGGGAUCUGAGACUUGACAACCCAAUAGCCUUGUUGAAAUCAGUCCCUGGCGGCCAUUCCAUCACAGAAACUUUGGUUUCAUUCUCGACUGAAUCGGCUGCCUUCAUUGGGAGUGGAACAGCAGAAUUUUGGGACCUCAGGAGUGAGGUUUGCGUGGCCAAGUUCCAUGGCCAGCCAGGCACGGUGUAUCACUUGCAUUUUGGUGUUCCAGAAGCACCUGAGGAAGCAGCGCAAGUGCCGGGGCCACACGAAGUUUCUUCCAUUCAUCGUAGAGAAGAUACUUUCGAAGUGGGCUUUAAGUGGCCAAUUUCUCUGGCAAAUUGUGGAAUUCCUAUAGCCAGUUCCUGUGGAGAUGGUUGGUUUCGUUCCACUUUCUGA